AUGAGCCUAAGAUUUUUAUCAUUGCACCGUGACACCCCAAACGACCGCAAUGCGCCUUCUUACCCUCCAGCAGAGGCCAAGUAUGAGGAGAUUGCUCAAAGCUCGAACCUUUUCUGGGAAAAGCUCAAGGCUUUUCACAAAUCUUUGGGAACCAAAUUCAUGGUUCCUACUGUAGGAGGCCAAGCUCUAGAUCUGCAACAUCUUUUUGUGGAGGUUACAUCGCGCGGUGGCAUUGAAAAGCAUGUCCAUGAGUUUUUGAAUCGCAGGAAUUUGACCUACAGAUGGCAAAUGGAAGAAGUGAUUGUCUUAUUCAAUUUCCCAUCCACAAUUACCAGUGCUUCAUUUGUCUUGCGGAAGUAUUAUCUUUCUCUGCUUUAUAACUUUGAGCAAGUGUACUUUCUCCAGAAACAAGUCCCACCAGAUACCACAAACGAGAGCCUUGCCAAUGGAUCUGGACCUGCAACCAUAGAGGAAGGGUCCUGCUUGUGUUUGAAAAUAAUAUUAUCCAUUGCCGGUCGCUUUGGAGGUCUGAUUCCAUGUGGUCCUCCUUCAAAGGUUUGCCCAGACAGAUCAAAGUAUAUAUUUUGGGAUCCAUACCAUCCUUCUGAUGCUGCUAAUAACAUCAUAGCUAAGCGUGUUUUGGACGGAGACACUAAUGAUAUCUGGCCGAUGAACAUUCGAAAUAACUUAAGAUAUUCAAGUUUUGAGAUUAUUUCACUGCAAAACAGACUUGAAUUCUUGUUUGAUAUGAUUCAGUUUCUGAAUGAAAUCUUGAAAAAUAUAUGGGAAAAUAAAUCCAGGAGAGAUACUGCUGAAAGCCUGAAACAUGUCUCUUUCCAUAUCAGGAAUUUGCAGUGUCUUUCCUCCUACCUACAACUAUCAUUAGAUGCAUUGUCUAGAAUAAUCGACGGAAAAUUUGAGAAUGAAUAUCUUGUAACUGUGGACUUCGGUUCCAUUAAGCUUGGAGGAGUCUUGUAUCAUUUUCCUUCAGCAUCUCAUGUGUCUGGGAGUUUUUAUACUUCAGCUGUAUCUUCUUGCCGUUGCAGGAAGAGAUCCCUGUUGGCUUUAUGGGAUCCUUCUCGCCCCAAGUCAAACAGGAGUGGCUAUAAUUUCUUCUUUGCAAAGCACUAUGCCAUGCUAAAGCCUAUGCACCAUGGGCAGGAGAGAGCCAUCACCAAGAAAAUUGGAGUCUUAUGGAACAAUCUCACAGAUGCUGAAAAACAGGUUUAUCAAGAGAAAGGGUUGAAGGACAAGGAGAGAUACAGGAAUGAAAUGCUGGAAUACAGAUCUUCUUGUCAUGGUUCAACACACCAAUAGCCGUUUUCAUCAUUAUCAUCCACUCGUUCUCUAAGCCCUCUUUAUGCUUGUCUUUACAAAACUCGCUGGAGAACGUGCACAAUUGCUAGAAUAUUUUAGGACAAAGUGGUAUAACAAAAAAAAAAAUUUAAGUUGAAGUUGUCAUAUUUCAUUUUGUUCAAUGUCAGUUGCCCCAUGUGUGAUGUGAUGCAUACAA